AUGAGAUUUCAUACGUUUGUCUGGGCAGUUGCUCGUGUUCUUAUAUCUGCUCAGUUCGUGGGGGCGGGCCCUCUUCAUCGGAUUGGCAAUGUAAUAAGAGCAGACGAUAUCAAUUUUGCCGAUAUUGGGAGUGCAACCACUCCCAGUCCAGAGUUCAGCACCAUCGUCGAGACCCCCAUCGCUCCCACGCCAGAUGCUGCCAGCGAGACAAGCGAUAUCGACGACGGGCGCCUCAAGCUCACUUUCAUCACUCAUUCUACUGAUCUCACUUCCGUCCCCAAUGAAACUGCCACCGAUACCACCUCCCCGGAAACUCCCACUACGCCUUCGCCUCAAACAACCACCGACUCACCUGCUACACCCACCCAGAUCCCCAUCACACCUCCGGGCACGGGCGAGAACACACCUACCACCAGGAACACACCUACUUCGGCCGUCACUCCUCCGACCGCCUCUUCCUCAGAAGGUCCCAACACUCCGGGAUCCAGUGCAGCGAUAUUUUCUCCAGGCACACCGAGCAGCUCUCCAUCUGCCACUCCUUCGUUGACGACAAGCCCUACCAGGCUAUCAACCACUCCAGCUACUCCCAUCGCGAGCCCGACAACACUCACGUCAGGGAUAAGCACUGUCCCCGGCACGCCAACGAGUCAAUCGCCGGCCGAGUCACCCGCCAAGUCCCCAGGGAACACUACUCCUGCCCGCACGUCCCUGGCUUCCUCGUUCUCCCCGGGCACCCCAAAGACUCCUACAGCAUCCCCCACUCCCACUCCCACUCUCAAGGAGACAUCGGCGCCGACCACCCCCGCCACGAGUCCCGCCACGACGCCCGCCACGACGCCCGCCACGACGCCCGUCAUCCCUACAUCGACAACAGAUGCCCCCAAUUCCAGCUUCAUUACCCAAUCCCCCACAGGAACAACAACUGUGCCCCCCGCCGUUUUCUCUGCCAAUCUCGCUUAUGCACGCAGCAAGAACGUAGAGUUUGCCACUCUCACAUCCGGAGCACCCUGUUCGGCACCCACGGAGCCGGCUUGUAUCGACGGCCAGAGCUACCUCUGCAACAAUGACGGGAAGUUUGAGCUCAGUGAGACGUGCCCCGGGGGUAUGUCGUGCUAUGCUGUCCCGUGGGAGUUUGCAAGCGUCAUUCGUGUGGGGUGCUAUCCCGACGACCAGGCCAUGAGUCUGCUCGAAGGAGAUGCCACUGGCACUGGGGGCAAGACGACCGCAACGACGCCCGCAACGACGCCCGCUCACGAUACCGCUGUGACUCCUCUGACAACCACGACGCCUAACACCACUUCCACAUCUGUCGAACCGACUUCCGAGCCCACGGUGCCUGCGAAUACCGCUGUUACUACUACGAACAGCCCUCAAUCGGAAGAGACAACACCCAAGAAAGCCACAUCUGAGACUGCUCCCCCUGCGUCGGACCUGUCGUCAGGAACUACCACCAGUAUAGAUAGCAUCACUCCCCAGCCGUCUGCUCCCGAGACGACGUCGGACGAUGCUACCUAUGAGCCCACUCCGGAGACUACUGCUGCUCCUGAUGGCGCCGUGACGACAACCAUCGAAAAGAGCACCACAGUCAUCACCCGGACAGUCCCCCACCCCAAAGCGUCGACGACGGACGAAGCCACACCCGACCUCGUGAGGACAACCACUGGCACGAGCACCGUCACGGUGAUCAAGACAGUCCCCCGUCCCGAGCCGACGACGACGGAUGAAGAAGCUACCAAGACACCCACAACGGCCUCGGAAGGAGAGCCCUCAGAUCAUAACAGCGGCAGCACAACCCUGACCAACAUCAUCAACGACCCCUCUCCAACCGACACGUUUGAGCCCCUGAUCCUCACUUUUUUGCACGAGAGCACAACAAAGGGCUCAGAUGCAACUGCAACUGAAACGGCAAGGGAAAAGGCCACGACGUCUGAGAGCGAGGCCGGUGACAGUGACGGUCCAGGCGUGAUGGCCAAUACGGGGUCUCCUUCUCCCACCGAUUCAGCUGAUGCCACCACGACCAACACGGUUAAUGGAAUGCCUACCGUUUCUCUGUACUUUACCAUCACUACAACUGAAAAGGUGACUGUCACGGAUACGGUACGGGAGACUGUUACGGCGACAUUAAUCAUUCCAGGUUGA